GGAAUUGGUAAAAGGGUAGCAGUUAUAUUAAACCUAAUCAUUGAUAAGAACAACAUUGAUAAGCGCUACUGGUGUUCACAUUAUCAUUAAUAUUUUUGGCCAUUUUCCGAAGACAUACGUAAAUAUCAACAUUAGUAAAUCAAUACUUAGUGUUUAUGACGGACUGUUUGUCGUUAUUUGUCAUGUUCAUAUAAAAGAAAACAACUUUUCUUUCGGACUUCGUACAAGAAAGAAUGGACAUUUUGUUAAAUCCCAUCCUUGCUAUCCUUUUUCUUUUUGAACUUAUUGGAGAUUGCUGUGUUUUUGGAUUUGAGGAUAAUAGUUCCAGCAUACUUGUUCAAAGUGACGCAGAUCCAUUUACGGUGGGGAGUUCAUACGAAGAGUUCCAUGUAGAUCACACCUCAGGAUAUGAAGUCGAAAUAGUGGAAAAUCCACCUGAGACAAAUCUGAACAUUCUUUACAACUUUGAGCCAUUAAUUUCAAAACUUAACCAUGAUUAUAGCUAUACGUGCUUACUGGACGAAUUUAAAAACACUUUGCUGUGGUGGACUUUUCCCAAUGGAACACUUAAAAAUAAGAGUUAUAUGCUUGCAUCGGCAAUUAAAUAUCUGGAUUUAUCGCAUCAACAAACAUUCAGUGAUGAGGAAUUGUUAAAAAAGAUCGGUACAUUUGGUGUACCUGAUGUACAUGUUUCCGUUUUCUCAGCAGCCCAUAAUAACUUGUCCCACGUUCCAUAUAACGCAUUGACUGUUAUGUCCUUAGAUCUGAAAUUUCUUACACUAAGCGGCAAUAACUUUAAUGUUAUGGUACCCGACUACGGAGGAAACGGAAAAGAAACCAUUACAUGGGCAACAUUCCCGAUUUUACCUACACUAAAAGAGCUGGAUAUAAGUAAUUGCAAAAUUCAACAUUUAACGAGAGAAUCUUUUCGAAAUUUAACCAGCCUGACAAGGCUCUACAUGUCCAACAAUAAAAUCCUAGAAUUGCAAUCCGAUGUAUUCCUCCACGUCUCGUUGUUGCAGUAUUUGGAUUUAUCUUUUAUGAAUGUCUUUGAUUACACGUCUAUUCCAACACAAACACUUAAUACCCUUUAUAGGCAAUUAUACGGACUCAAAAUACAGCAACUGACAUUUAAACAUGUGCCUAACCUUAAGUAUUUAGAUUUUUCACACACGAAGUUAUCUAAAAACAGUGCUGUCGCUUUCACCCAUCUCGGCAACAGUUUAAAAUAUCUCAGUCUAUGUUACACCGCAUUCCCCAUGAUUGGCAAUGCUUUGUUAAGGAAUACGGCACUUGUUGCCCUGGACAUGUCAGGAAAUUCUUUAGCUGCAUAUAAUAUAAUCGAUGAUGCAUUUGAAGGUGUCUCGGAGACGUUGAGUGUGCUCUUUUUUGAAUUAUCAAACUUGAAAAAUAUAUCUUGGGUCCGUAACCUUAGUAACCUGCGGAUACUAGGAUUGGCCAAUAAUAAUAUAAAUUCAAUAACAUUUGAAACAUUCACUAAUUUAACAAACCUAGAAGUGCUCGAUCUCAACACAAAUCACAUAGGCAAUUGGUAUAGUCGAGUUUUCACUAAUAACGAAAAACUUCGUGUCCUUAACCUCAGAGACAAUAAUAUCAAUAUUAUUACUUCAGAAAUGCUUAAAGAUUUUAGUUUAUUAAAUUUUUUGAGUCUUGGCGACAAUAACUUUGUGUGUGACUGUCUAUUAAGGGAUUUGGUUGAUGUUAGCAAUUCAAAUAAUAGAAACUUGGAAUGCGCUCACGAAAUAAUCCAGGAAGCUCUGGAGUAUACAUGCGACAACCUCUCUGAGAACAAAACAGUGGCCGAUGUAGUAGCUUCACAUACACUGAAAAGAUUAAACAACAGAAGAAAAGGCGCAUAUCCUGUACAAAACAUGAAUCUGUCAGCAGCUUUUAGAAAACUUCGAUUUCACUUCAAUAUGUCUGGGAUGUAUCCAAAAACGUGUUCCUCUGUUACUCCUCAAGCAAGCCCGGUAAUGAUGAAUAAGCUUAACGAAUCGACAAUGUUGAAGUUGCAGCUUUUAGAUUAUGAAGAUGCUCGUUAUUGGUGCUUUAACGAAACGGAAAAAUUGGGCUUUUUCGAUCUGAACUGCCACCAACGGUCUCUUGUCGAAGAUAUAGUUCAUCAACUUGAUAACCUCACUUAUUACGUUGUUGUGAUCGUCGGAACAUUACUGGCUGUUACUGUGGUCGGUGUAAUCAUUUAUGUAAAGCGUUGGCACAUAUACUAUUACUAUUCUUCCAUUAAAUCCGCCGCUUUGAUGUCAGAGGCUGUAAAAGAGAACGAUGAGAGCCUUCGGUCCUCCCACGAAAAUGGAGGCGUAAACAUGAUAUACGACAUAUUUAUUAGUUACUGCCAAAGUGAUCGCGACUGGGUGCUCACUGAACUAAUGCCCAAUGUUGAAGAUAAUGGUGAUAUUAAGAUUUGCCUGCAUGAACGGGAACUUUCAGGUAAUGUAUGUUUUUUGAUAUCGCAUUACGCUAUAACUAACUCAAGGGCUCAAAUUUUAACUUUGCUUUGAGACCUCUUGCUUACA